GUGUUCUUGUUAAAUUUUUUUUAAUUAUUAUUAGUGUUGUUAUUGUUAUUAUUGGUUUUAGUGUUUUUAUUAUUGUUGUUGCAAAAGUCAUCUUAAAUGGUUGACAUUUUAUUGACAUGCACAGUGUCAUGGCGCUUGAGCUGAAACGCGUUUGAUUGGUCUUGGUCACGUGAUUAAUUAGCAGUGGAACGCGGUGAUUACACGGAGUGCGUUGCUUGAUUGUGAUUGGCUAGGCGCGAACAACUCAAGACUACAUGUAAGGCUCUAAAGAGGUGCGUGUAUAGCGUUAGCUUAUCUAGGUGUAGCACUAUGACUGCUCAGUGCAGCUACACCGUUGAACCCGGUAGCAGAGAGGGCCAAAAGUGUGAAGCUGUGGUGAAGAGAGAUGGUGUGCUUGCAUCAGUCUUCUGUCGAAUUUCACAGUUUUGGCCAGUCCGUCUUAUGGUGAAUGGUUUUCGGGCCUUAUGGUGGUUCUUUGGCUCUCCAUCUCCUGGAAAGGCCCCUUCUCUUCCAUGUGAAGAAGACAAAAGUUCUCCCAAUGCACGCCAGUGUCGAUCAGGUCGGAAGCGUCUAGGAAGAACCACACGUUUGCUGCUUGCUAUCCUGCCUCGGCGGCUCCAGGGUGCUCUUGGCUACCCAGUGUGCACCAGCAUCGGCAGCUCUGUGUCCCCAGAGGUGUGCUGUUCUCCCACUAAGCCCUGUGGGAAAGGCAGUAAAAGGAAGCAGGAUGACCUGGAUGAGGAUGAGGACCUGGAGCAGCAGUCUUGGGUGGAGGCACUCACCCAGGAGAUAACAACUGAUGAAGAUGAGACUGUUGAUCCUGACUAUGAACCCAGUGCAGUUGAGACUGAUAGUGAGGAGUACCGGACACACAAUGAUACAGAGAGUGAGAUUGAAGUGGCUGUACAGGUUAGCCACCACCUUGAUUUCAGAUUGAAUAGUUUUAGGAGGCUGGCUUUGGUACAAAUGAACCUAGUUUUAAAAAAAUUAUAAAUAAAAUGUUUUACUUAAAUGGGCAGUUGGCCAUGUUAAUGAUGGUAACCCUUUAAAAUUCAUAGUGGAAUAGUCUGGGUGAAACUAAUAUCUGUUUUUCAUAUUUUAGGAAACUCUCUCCACUGAGGCAAAGUGAUGGAAGUGUGGAAUGUCUUUUAUAUAUUUAUAAAAGUAAUGGGCAACUGUGUAAUUCAUCUUUUUUUUUUUUUUUUUUUUUUUUUUUUUUUUUUCUAGAAAUUUUCAUGUAGGUAGCUAUUAAUUGCCCUGUUGUCUGGUCAUCUAGGCUUUUGUCUUGCCAGAAGCCUUGGUCUGUUUUUCUAGGAGUUUUCAGUGUGUUGUAUUGAUUUUCUGAAAUAAAUGAUCUGUUUAAUCUAAUUUCACCAGUAGAUGGAUUUGUUUUAAAAGUAGUUUCAUCCACACUAACUGAUCAGCUUUACAUGAGCAAGAGCUUUUGCAUGUCCUUUUUAGAAUUUCAUAAUUGAAGAGUUUGAAAUGCAGAUCCUAUAGAACCGUACACCCCACUGAAAGCUGGCUGUACUAUGAUUUUUCUUCUAAACAGUACAAGUCUGUGUAGACAAUGUUGUAAUAUCCCAGUGGGACAACCAUGUGGUUACUUCACAAAGAGAACUAAAGUGGGGUCCAUUUGAAAUGGCUUUGCUUGACAUAAUGUGUCUCUCCAGGCUCUGUCUGUACCACUAAUAAAAUUCGGGUGCAUGGUUUUUGAAGCCAAAAUUUGCGGCUCAAGUGUGCACCUAUGACAGACGGGUGAGAUGAAAUGACUACCUUUAUAUGCACCAAACAUCUGUGGCUGUAUUCAGAUUUGAAGCCUGUAGCAUCAGCUCGGGUUAUCUCCAUGCCAGCAGAGGGUGCCCUCCACUAAGUCCUAACUGCCACUUCCUGUUCAGAUACUGCUUGUGUUUUGAGUAUAUGACGAUAAUGAAGUUCAGUUGCUUUGAGGUCUUGUGCUUUCAUGUUGGUGUCUAC